AUGGACUCUGUGAGCAUCAAGGAUGAAACGAUAAUAAAGACUCCUUGUAAAGUAAAAGGAAAUGAUGAUGCCUCAAUUUCUCUUUUGUCUCCGACAUUUUCUUGGGAUCGUGCGGAUGAAUCGGAUGAAUCUGAAGACGAGAAUGGGAUCAAUCAGCUAACAGAGAAAGGCGCUCCUUAUGGAGGAAUGCGAGUGGAGAACUAUGAGAAAAUCGUACGCAAUUUCGGGAGGAAUUCGUCAAAAACCAAGACAGAUUAUUUCUAUCGGAAUGGGCUUCUGUCAGUGCGGAGAAACGGGGAAGAGAGAUAUGUGCUUGUUGAAGGCGAAGUUGAAAUGUUAUGGCAACAAUGUCAUCUCCAAUGUGGGCACUCAUUGAGAAAACCGCUUUUCGAUCUUCUUUCCAAAAUGUUCACAUAUGGACCUAAUGGUGGUUCUCUUUGGGUCGACGCGACAACUGUUCGAUCGAAUUGCUUUGAAUGCCAACGACUUGGACGAAAGAGCGCCGUUGCGGAAGGACUCGAUUGGGAAAAAGUGAUCGUUAUGGUCGAAGUCGGCUCGGGUGUUCCAGGCGAUCGAAUCCGCGUUCGUUUAAACGGAACUCCUUCGAUGGACGGUCACAAUAAACGUGUAUCCAAGCUGGCGGCUCGCAUUGGUCCCGAAAAGAUCUUCGAAUACUCGGUGCCGAGAAUUCGACACGUGUCUCUACUCCGAUACAAGAUUGAUGGAGAAUUCCCGAAUUCUUAUAGCCGAGGCGAGCGAACGAUUCUCGAAUCGCACGCUCGAGCGUAUCUCGUUGAUCAGGCGGAUUCACGUGUUCUUGUUUGGAGACUGUUUCCCGGGCAUCCAAUUCUGAUUUGUUCCGAAGAGACUUUCGAGAUCGCUCGCGCCGCCCAUCACAUGCUUGAACACAUUCCCGAUCAAUAUAUCUCGAAGAUCCUCUCGAAGACGGUUUUCUGGCGAGGGAUGAGUCGAUCGCUGCGAACAGUCGCUCAACAAUGUUCAACUUGUGGCACAACUGGGAACAAGCAGAGAAGACCCGUUCCGAUUGAGAGUGACUUUAAAAACGCCGAAUUCGGGAUCAGCAUUACUUUUCUGCCUAACAAUCGUCGCAAGUUUGACCUUGAUUAUGGUAACAUAUCGCGAGAAGUUCUUGACCGACUGGCCGCCGAUUUGAUCAUUCCAACUUGUUCACUGACAAACAACAAAAUAAAGGACGAAAAUCCUUUGAUUCCAAGCUCAUCUCCGGAAAAGUCUGAAAUCCUGCUCAAGAAGUCGCCAAAAAAGCUGAAAGAGGCAAUUUUUGAAGAAAACAAGACCUCGAUAAACGCAAUCAAUCAAUCAGUCUCCUCAAUCAAUCACAAUAAGCGGAAUCAACAAGCCAACGCUAAACGAUCAUCGCCAAAAAAGCCCGUCCAAUCCCAAUCGAUUUCCAAUGAGCCACCGUUGAAAAGGAAAUCGCCUCGAAAGCAAAUUUCCGAGCAAAAUGGAGUUCAAAACUCGACCGAAACCUCGUCAAAAUCUGCGCCCCACCAAAUCGCUCACGAAAGCUUCAACGAUCCACUGAAAACCGAGCCAAACAAGCGCUCGAUGGGUCCCUAUAGCUUUUCUUUUGGCUAUCGCUCUUCCCUAUCGGAAGAGGAAAUCCAAAGCUUUCAACAAUCCGCUAGUGACUCUACAAAUGCUGAGCCGCGUUGCACUCUGCGCACGACUUUCGGGAAUAUUCUCUGCCCGAUCGGCUACAAACCAAUUGUGCCAAUUCAAGCAAAAUCGACAUGGGAAACAAAAGAAGAGGACACCACAUGCGUGAAGCGCCUAUCCUUUUCUUUCAUCAAAGCCACCGCAAAAGAGAUUACCGAUUUCGCAGCGGCUCAAAAGACGGCAAAUCUUGACGGAACACCAAUGGAGACAAUUGUCGGAGAAGUGGCGAUUCCGGACGGGUAUUACUGUGUCGGUUAUCGAACCGAGAACGAAAUUAAAGAUAAAACCCUCGAGCUGGUUAUUGAGAUGAAAUUGCGAAAGAUC